UAUGACCUGUCUGAAGCUUUGACGAUCGACGAGGAGGCACAUGCAUCGAAGAAAGACAAGUUUUCGAAUUUUUGGAACGCUGUUGAGCAAAUAAUAGCAAACAACGAUUUCGCGGUAGCUGAGGAAAGAAGGCGUGGAUCAACCUGCUGGAUUUCGCCAUUAUGUGUUUCUUUGCGCGACUUGAUGGAUAACAGUGAGAAGAAAAUGGAUGAAAUGUUUGCUGGUUCGAACAAAAACUUUAUUCCAUCAUAUGAAUACUUCCGGCUACAAUUCACGCCAAGAAAUUCCACUUCACAAGUGGCAAAACGUUACUACGGACGCUUCGACAUCAAAUUUGGAAUUCAGAAAAGAACGCUUCAUAAGUUUCAUCUGGAUCACUACUAUGGUGCUAAACAAUUUCAAUAUUUGAAGAAGAUGGCUGGUCUUUUUAGCGAAAAUGCUUUAAUGUAUUUCCUAGACGACAAGUCUUCCAUUCCUGUUGGGUACGCUGGUGCUCCGGUGAGUGCUACUCGAAGACAACGUGCGGUGCUUAUGGCUGGUCUGGACGAGAGAGGGUUGAAUGCAAUGGACCACGAUAACGUGCCCCAACAUAUUAUUCCAUCAGUUUCGAUUAAGCUCACCCCUCCAAAAGUUUUAUCAAAUGAGUGGUAUGCAGGGAAGCCAACAAUCAUCUUAAAAGAUGCUAUUUUCGAAACUUCUACUGCUUUUCGGCAUGCAGCCGAACUCGUUAAGUAUGCUGAUGAAGAAGAUCGAAAAAAUCCCAUUGUGUUUAUAGGCACAGAUGGCGGUCCGGAUCACAACGUGACAUCUAUUCAAGUGAUUCUAAGUUACAUUGCGCUAUUUAUGGAACAUGAUUUGGACUACUUAUGUGCUGUACGUACGCCUCCAAAUUUCUCAAUCAUUAAUCCAGCAGAACGAUUCAUGAGCACCGCGAAUAUAGCUUUAAUCGGUGUUUCACUUGCGCGAAAUCAUUUGGGUUCCUACGAGCAAAAAGUGCGUUCGUUGCUGUCGAAAAAGCAAUGGAGAAAUGCACAGGAUAAGCACCCUGAGGUCGACUAUCGGAAGUUAGCCCGCGAUGGAUUGAAGGAUUCGUUAGAUGUUCUUACCCAUCGAUUAGAAAGUCUGACGUACAAAGGAGAGAAAGUUUUUGUUGGAGAACCAGCAAACGAUCACGAAAUUACAUGCUUAAAACAACAAAUCUCUCGUAUUUGGCCGGAAAUCGAUCUAAGCAGCAAAGUUAGCAAAAGUCAAGUUUUGAACAUCGGGUACUUCCGCGAGUUUUUUGACAAGCAUAUUCGUUGCACAACGUACUCGUUUCAAGUCAAAAAGUGCACUGACGAUUCCUGCAGAUUUCAUAAAUCUAUACGACUAUCGAAUGACAUUUUUAAUUCCUUGAUGUGGCUCCCUACUCCGCAACCGGAUGGGGAAAAAUACAAAGAUUUUGCGGAUGUACAUGGAACAGAACCGAAUGAUGACCAUGUACCAAGCAAACAAAACUCCAAAUCUUCAAGCACUACCGAGCAACCAAAGCCACCGUUUCCAUUGUCAUACACAAGGGCUCGAAAAAUUGUUAUAUGCACAGAUUGUGAGUUUCCACGGCUGCUGUAUACAAAAUACGCAAUAGAUAAAACGGUUGCAGCAGAGAUAGAUAAAUAUAUAGACGAAAAACUUUAUAUUUGUGGAGCACCUUUGGAACCAUUUCAGAAUGUUUUCCAAAACACCAAGCUUAAAUGCUAUGAUCCUGUUUCUCUGCACUAUUAUCAAGCCGGGUCUUCUUUAACUGAUUUUCAUGCUUUAUGCGCAAAGUGUCUUAAUACGCAAGACCUUUCGACGGAACGAAAAAUAAUGCUUUGCAGGAAUUGUUCCGCUCAGACAAACACCACAGCCGCGCCAUCUGCAAUCGCUCUGAAAAAACGUCCACGAGGACGACCAAAGAAGAAUGUGGUAUCUUAAAUUAGUUUUUUUUAAACUAAAUUAAAAUAAAUUUUUA